AUUAUUUAUGUUGUUAUUCUUGUCUUUGAUUUUCUCUCUCUCUCUCUCUCUCCUUUCUUGACACCAAACCAGACCCACUUCCUCCGUUCAUCUCCAAACUUUUUGAUUUGUGAAACUACUUUUGUUUGUUCCUCUUUCAUCCACCACAGACACCUCCUCCUUUUCCUACCUUAUUCUUUUUUGCCAAAAAAAAAAAAAAAAUCUUUUUUUUUUCUUUGUGAUUUUUGGCCAUAAGUAUUGUAGGAUGAUUGGUUUGGGUUCUUUUGGGGUGAAGGAAUGUAGUUAGAGAAGGUUAUUCUUUUGAAUAAUUCCUCAUUGUUGAGGAUGUUUCAAAUUUCAUAAAUUUGAUUCAUUUUCAUUAUUAUUUUUAUUAUUAUUAUUAUUAUUACCCCCCAAUUUCACAUUUAAUCUUUGAUUAUUAGAUUGUGAAAUCUAGUUGUUGUUGUUGUUGUUGGGUUUGGUUGAUUUUAGAAGAAAGUUAGGAUUUUUUUUGAUUCAGGUGAAAGAAUCAAUUUGGUCUUUUUUCCUUCCUUGUUUGGAUUUUUCCACAACCAAGUGCUGAAUUGUGAUAAAAUUUGAAGGUGAUUUUCAUCAUGGAUCAUGUGAUUGGUGGAAAGUUUAAACUAGGAAGGAAAAUUGGGAGUGGCUCUUUUGGGGAGCUUUAUCUAGCUGUUAAUAUACAAACUGGAGAGGAGGUGGCUGUUAAGCUGGAAUCUGUGAAGACCAGACAUCCGCAGCUUCACUAUGAGUCAAAAUUGUAUAUGCUUCUUCAAGGAGGAACAGGAAUUCCCCACCUCAAAUGGUUUGGUGUUGAGGGAGAGUACAAUGUCAUGGUUAUUGACCUUCUUGGACCAAGUCUGGAAGAUUUAUUCAAUUAUUGUAACCGGAAAUUCACAUUGAAGUCAGUGUUGAUGCUUGCCGAACAAUUAAUUAACAGAGUUGAAUACAUGCAUUCAAGAGGCUUUCUUCACCGAGACAUAAAGCCAGACAAUUUUCUGAUGGGCCUCGGGCGUAAAGCAAAUCAAGUGUACGUGAUUGACUACGGUCUUGGAAAAAAAUACAGGGAUCUUCAGACUCAUAGGCACAUACCAUACAGGGAAAACAAGAACCUUACAGGCACAGCACGCUAUGCAAGUGUCAACACUCAUCUUGGAAUCGAACAAAGCCGAAGGGAUGAUCUGGAAUCUCUUGGUUAUGUGCUCAUGUAUUUCUUAAGAGGAAGGUUAGUUAAUUGGCAAAUGCAUCUAAUUUACCCCCUGCUUGGAGGUCUCAUGUUAUUACAACUUUAUAGUUUAUUCACACUGUCAACAUUCUUUCAUACAUUUUCCUUUUUCAGUCUUCCCUGGCAAGGACUGAGGGCUGGAAACAAAAAACAAAAAUAUGAUAAAAUUAGUGAGACGAAGGUGUCAACUUCGAUAGAGUAUCUCUGCAAAUCAUAUCCCUCUGAGUUUGUAUCAUACUUCCACUAUUGCCGAUCAUUGAGGUUUGAGGACAAGCCAGAUUAUUCAUAUUUGAAGAGACUUUUCCGAGAUCUAUUUAUUCGAGAAGGCUAUCAAUUUGACUAUGUUUUUGACUGGACUGUUUUGAAGUAUCCACAAGCUGGUGGCACUUCUAGAGGACGGCCUGGCAAGGCAGCUAUGUAUGCACCUACGCCUGGACGGCAGCAACCAGACAAGACACCUGCACGUCAUCCUGAAAGGACACCUGCACGUUAUUAUCCAGAAAGGACACCUGCACGUUAUCCAGAAAGGACACCUGGACGUCAAUUUCCCCAACAACCAGAAAGGAUGCAAGUUGGGAGAGACAUUCGAGAGAAAUUAUCUGGUGCUGUUGAAGCAUUCACCCAGAGGAACCGCGCAAAUGCUACUCCUCAUCAUCCUCAUCAUGGCGAACACGUUAGACAUAAGACUUAUGACGAAGUGCAAUAUGCCCAACACAAUCCAACUCGAUAUGAAAGCAAUUCGAGAAGAGCCGUGAUAUCAUCAAACAAGCCAAAUUCCUCAGGUGACCAUACUGGCAGGAUGGCUUCAGGUGGGGCCCGUCCAGCUGCCGCGCAUAGAGGUCAACCUGUGUAUGAGACCAGACAACCAACUUUUGCACGUAGUGGGUCAAUGAGAGGCAACCGUGAUGAUCCUCUGAGGAACUUUGAACUCCUCACUAUCAGGAGGUAAACUCAAGGGUGUCUCAUUUUGUUCCUGAUUUCUAAAUUUCGACACAUCUGAGAUUUCAAGAAGCCUUAUGGAAUCAAACAAAAGAAUCAAGUCUAUGGAUAUUACUGAAUUACCAUUGAGGUCACAAUGGCAUGACCUCCUGAUAUCAUCUCUGGAUCCCCCCAGAUUGCUUCAGAAGAUUUCUCAGCAACUGUAAUGUGUUCUUAUAAUGUGUCAAAGAUGUAAUUCAAUGGAAAGAUUCUUUUUUUAUAAAUAAGUAUUGUACCAGAUGAAACUUGAGUUGUAGCAAGUUUUGUAAUAUACAAUGUUAUUGUUUGUUGACAAUGAAUGGAAUUUAACAAGGUUAUGGUACUA